CGGAUAAGUCGCAUAUAAAUUAGCUAGUUAGCUUUUACAGGUGAUACUUCUGACUGAUCACGAUCAAUAUGAGUGAUCACAUUGACAUUGUACUGACGUAUUUGGAUAGUAGUACUAUAAUUGUUUUCCUUACCCACGUGUAUUUAAUACCGAAAGUAAUGCAGGCUGAUGCAAUAUAAGUAUACCAUAGCAACAUGAACCGUAUUCAGGUCAACUUAAUGUAGUACAGGAAAAUAAAAUGGAAGAAAUUACGGAACAAAACGGUAUGAAAUCUAGAGGAACACCAGAAAAGACAUCACCCAUGUCAAAUGGGAGUUCUAUUUCAAAUGGAAUAUCAAAUGGUGCUGGCAAUGGGUUUGCAAUGACAGACUUGACAAAAAGAACAAGUGACGUGUCGGAUAAAAAUGGCAAAUUAUUGCCUAAACAAGAUAACCUUGUAGUAACAACUAUCAGAUUAAAACCACAAAUUGGAUUAUUUCAAGCAGUGUGUAUAAUUGUAGGAAUUAUAAUAGGAUCUGGUAUUUUUGUUUCUCCUGUUGGAAUUUUACUUAAUGUUAAAUCUGUAGGUAUGUCCAUAGUGAUGUGGACAGUAUGUGGUUCAUUCUCUACUCUAUGUGCAUUGUGUUUUGCCGAACUUGGAGCAUGUAUUCCAGAGUCUGGUGGGGAAUAUACAUACAUUCGGAGAGCAUUCGGUGAUUUUCCGGGAUUCAUUGCCAUGUGGAUUAAUUUUGUUGUUAUUUGUCCAGUAUGUAUUGCUGCCUCUUGCCUUAUUUUUGCAACAUAUAUUUUGAGACCCCUUUAUGGGGACUGUGAACCACCGUCUACCAGCAUACGAUUGUUAGCAGCGUUAAUUAUAUGUUUACUCAUCAUUGUUAAUUGUGUCAAUGUAAAGUGGGCAACAAAAGUUCAGAUAGUCAUCACUGCCAGUAAACUUAUAGCUUUAUUUAUGAUUAUUAUCAUCGGCUUUGUCUAUAUAGGCAAGGGUCAUGUAGAGAAUUUCUAUAAUUCAUUCGAAGGGAGUGAUUAUAGUGCUGGUGCUAUCGCCAUUUCAUUCUACUCAGGAUUCUGGGCAUUCGGAGGAUGGAGUUACCUUAAUUUUCUCACAGAUGAACUUUUAGAACCUCACAAGAAUCUCCCACGUGCAAUAAUUAUUUCUAUGUCAAUAGUGACAACAGUUUACAUUGUUGCAAACAUAGCUUAUUUUUCUGUGUUGUCACCUAUUGAGGUUAUCAAAUCAUCGGCUGUUGCAGUGACGUUCACAGAACAUACAGUGGGAAAGAUUACUUGGUUGAUACCGAUUUUGAUCGCUAUAUCUGUAAUGGGUUCAAUGAAUGGCACAAGUUUAUCAAUGUCAAGGUUGUUUUUCGUUGGUGCCAAAAACAAUCAUUUGCCUAGUAUCAUUUCAAUGAUUAACUGCCGUUUCCUUACACCAGCUCCUUCUCUGUUAAUAAUUUUGGUCCUGACAAUUAUCAUGCAGGGAUUUGAGAAUAUAUUCUACCUUAUUGAAAUGAUGGGAUUCAGCUUUUGUACAGUUCUUACGUGUGUCUUUGCUGGUCAGGUUUAUCUACGAUACAAAGAACCAGAUUUAAAACGACCAAUAAAGUUGCCAAUACUGCUCCCGAUAUUCCUUUUCUUAAUCAGUAUUGUAUUACUUGCAAUGACAAUUGUGCAGAGACCAAAUGAAAGUCUAACAACACUUUUGAUAAUGGCUCUAGGCAUUCCAUUCUAUAUAAUUGGUGUUGGUUGGAAAUCCAAACCCAAAUCGUUUGAAAGAUUAAAUUAUAAAGUGACUGUUCUAAUACAGAAAAUUCUGAUGGUUGUACCUCAAGAUAAAGAUACGGCAUGGUAGCAAUAUAUUUGUGUUCAUAAAAAUAGUAUAGAUCUUGAUAUGUCUGUGUUAUGUAUUGUAUCAAUAUUAAUUAUAAAAUAUUGUUUGAG